AUGUCGAAAACCGCCUCCAUUGCCCUCGUCGCUGCCCUCGGCGCUGGAAGUGGCGCCGCUCUCACCGCAACCAUGUACUCUCUCCGCUCGUCCAAGCAGCCCGAGGCCACCCUCCAUGUCCCGACACACCUGGCCGCCGCGCCGACUGUGCCUGUGCCCGCCUCGCAAAUCUUCACCAACCCACCACCACCACCACCACCACCACCACCCGCCGCCGCCGCGGGGCCACAUGCGAACCUCCCCGUCCUCAAGCCUGUCGACCCCGCCGGCUGGUUCGAGUAUGGCUUCCCCGGCCCCCACGCCGACAUAUCCUCGCGCGCCUCCCUCGUGAGCGCCUACGACCGCCGCACCCGCAACCCCCACUGGGUCGUCGAGCACAUCACGCCGGCCUCGCUCGCCGCCCGCGACGCCGACCGCAAGCACUCGGUCUUCCUCGAGGACCCCCAGGUGCCCGGCAAGUUCCAGGCCAAGCUCAAGGACUACUUCCGCUCGGGCUACGACCGCGGCCACCAGGUCCCCGCCGCCGACGCAAAGUGGUCCCAGACGGCCAUGGACGACACGUUCUACCUCACCAACAUGUGCCCCCAGGUCGGCGACGGCUUCAACCGCGACUACUGGGCCCACUUUGAGGACUUCUGCCGCCGCCUCACCCAGCGCUACCCCAGCGUCCGCGUCGCCACGGGGCCCCUCUACCUGCCCAAGCGCGACCCCGUCGACGGCAAGUGGUACACGCGCUACGAGGUCAUCGGCAGCCCCCCGAGCGUCGCCGUCCCCACCCACUUUUACAAGGUCAUCCUCGCCGAGGACGGCAGGCCCGGCGGCAACGUCGCCGUCGGCGCCUUUGUCCUGCCCAACGCCCCCAUCCCCAACGACAAGCCCCUCGCCGACUUUGAGAUGCCCCUCGAGGCCGUCGAGCGCGCCACCGGCCUCGAGUUCGCUCCCAAGCUGCCCGUCCAGCGCCGCAGGCCUCUCUGCGCCGACGCCAGCUGCGCUAUUGUCCCCCAAAGUUGGGGAGAGGCGGUGGCCCGCCGAGACCGGGCACCGGCGGCGGCGGCGGGGGGAAAGCCGUGCGGCAUGCCCGGCGGCGGCAUGAAGCCCGGCGGAGGAAUCAUGCUGCCGGGCAGUGGUGGCGGGAAACCGCCUGGUGGAGGAGGGGGGAGGGUGCCGCCUGCCUUCUGGAUCAUCUCGGCAAUUUUGGCGAGGUCGGCUGGGUUGCUGGGAUCGAUGCGCCCGGGAGCGGGAGCGGCGGUGCACCGUUGA